AUGGGACAACAACUCUCUAAAGACAAAGAGGAUGAGAAUAGUGAGACUAUAAACCAAUUUUGUUUGCAGAACCAGGGCAACUAUCAAGCUAAUAUGAGGUUCAAGAAUACACAUACUCCGCUUUUGCAGAAACUCAGUACUCUGCGGCGUCAAGACCAGGACCAAUCCAAAACCCAAACCAAACCCAAAACCCAAAACCAAACCCAAACCCAAAACCAAACCCAAACCCAAAACCAAAACCAAAACCAAAACCAAAACCAAAACCAAAACCAAAUUCAAAAUGAGGGCUUAGAUUUAGAGAAUCGGUCUCCAAUUGAACCGGACUUAUCUUUGAUGCCCAUGACUUCUCCGCCAGAUGAUCGCCAGCAGUAUUCCCAACAGUAUCCUCCGGCCUUCUUUUUAAGUCCGAUUACAUCUAACGACUCAUGUGACUACUUUUCCGACGAUGCAUCGACCGAGGGGCAGCGUCGUCAUAUUCAUCCUCCUCCUCAUCAUCAUCGUCGAAAGCAUGAUGUUAAGAAUGAACGCCUUGACGAACUACAGUGUCAAGGCCCUACUUCUGAUCAAGAACUAACUGAUAUAUCUCCGGCCUCAUCCUAUGGUGCUGAUAACAAUGACCUGAAUGGGAAGGGAACCAAGGAUUUGGAGGAGCUGCAACUCUUUCAAGAACAAUUCUCACCGUUAUUGUCGCUACCUCUAGAAAUCUUGUACAGAAUUAUUGAAUAUGUCUAUGUCGACACAGACGUUUCUUCAAUCAACUCGAAUCUUGAAAAAUUUGCCAACACCAUUCCUUUGCUAUCCAAGAAAUUUCACCAGUUGUCCCUUUGCUUUAUUUACAAAUACACUGUUUUCAAUAGACCUCACUCUUUUGACAAGUUCCGAUACAAUUUGGAAGCUAAUCCAGUCAUUGGCAAAUAUGUGGAAUUUAUGGAUUUCCAACAAUUCACAUCGAUUGGGUUAGGUAGAACCGGUAGAAUGAAUCAGGAAAUACAAAUGGUUACAUCCAAAACAAUUACCCAUUCCCUAUCAAUAACCCCGAACUUACUGGAAUUUCUUGCGUCGGAGAAUAUACAAGACGACAUGGAUGUCAAUGUGUUGAAUUAUCUAUUCAAUCGAUUACCGAAAAUGAAAGCCUUGGAUUUUUGUGGCGCUAGUAGCGAAGCAUUUGCAAGGGCAUUUGAAGAAUUACCUAUUUCCACUGACACCAAUUUGUCAAUAAGGAAAUUAUCCCUCCAUGAUUGUUCGAAUUUGUCCCAAAAUGUUUUGGAAAAAGUAUUAACUCGCUUGACUUGCUUGAGGAGAUUAGACUUGAAUCACACUUCCAUUACAUCUGCCAUUUUAUUGAAACUACCAGAAACCAUUAGACUAACCCAUCUUUCCCUUGCCAGAUGUUCCAAACUAACCACCAAGGAUUUAAUUCAUUUUCUCACUACCCACCCUGCUACAUCCCAAGGCUCAUUGGAAUGGCUAAAUUUACAAAUUGAUUCAAAUGUGGUUAGUCCGUUAUCGGAUGUUUAUUUGCUAUACACAUUGAAACAUUUGAAUGCACCAAAUUUGAGAUAUUUGAAUAUUGGAGGUAUGCCAACGGAUCUCAAAACUUUAUACACCAUUAAAACUAAAUUUCCACAUUUAACCAGUUUGAACAUUAGCCAUGCACUGCAGUUAAAGUUGGAAGAAAUUAAUGAAUUUAUGAAAGACAACACAGUUAUCAAAUACCUUGAUGUUACCGGUAUUAAAGCAUUGAAUAAAAAUAUUGUUACAUUUCUCAAAUGCAAUUUCAAUAGCAAUUUGGAAGCAGUUGAAUUUGACUACAAGUCGCUAUUUGAUUAUACAAAUCGUGGAGAUUGCUUCAAAAUUCAACCAAUACAACAAUCGUUUAUUGAAGAUUAUAGUUCCCCGCUGUACAUGCAACCACAAGUGUGGAAAUUUUACGACAAUGAAGGAAGACGAGCAUGGAUUUAUAAAGUAAAUGAAAGAGAGUAUAAGAACCUCAAUCAGUCGAACUUGGUGUUUUACGAUUUGGAAACUGGUAAUAAAAUAGUUCCUAAAGUGAAGAAGCCAGGUUUUUUGAAGUAUGCUAGUAGAAAAGUAAACUGCUCGAUUGGGUACUAUCAAUGGAAUGGAUACAAGGAUAAGAAAUUUAUCGAGAAUUGCUGGCCUGUUGAAUUUAGUCAACGUGGAAUCUACAAUUACUAUUCGUUGAAUGUGAAGUAA